ACAAAAUUUUUGUACAUAAAUAUGCAUAACAAUAGAGAUAUAUUCCGAUAAUUCCAUUAUACAUGGUAUUUCAAAACUUACCUAGAAUAGUCGCGCGGGGUACAGGCGUAGCCCAGCACUUUCACAGCCGUCCUGCGCAGGCGUCCGUGUGCCGCGGUGAUCGGCACGAUACUGAUCGACGAAGACGUUCGUAAUUGAGGAAUACACGGGAGGGGGUUGCGGUGAAACGACGCGUUCGGGAUUUAUUCAACAAAAUAACACCUGGGUCUACACUUAUUUUUUUUGGCCCGCGCGCCCACUCUAGUGUUAAAAAUGGCUCUGUCAUAAAUCCUAUUACUCCACAGCUGAAUAUCUAAAUGAACCGACAGUCUGGGACUAGAUUAUAAUUAUUUUAUAGCAAUGACAGUACAAUAUUUUAUAUUUUUACUAAAAUGCGCUUGCGCGAUUGUCCUAUGGCAUAAUGCUGUAGGUAUGCUCCAGAUACACUAGUAUAGAGAUCCUGUUAUUUUUAUUUUAUUAUUAUUUUACUAGCUGACCCAGCAAAGUUGUAUUGCUAUACAGGAUGUCCCAGAAAGAAUGGAUAAUCCUUGAACCCCUUUUUUUUGCAAGUAGGUUCAUAAUGGUUUUGCACAAAAAUAAAACCGAAAUUAUUUGCCAAGAGGGAAAACUUACAGCAAGGAACAGUGUUUACCUUGCAAUUAAUUUACGGUCUUUCAUCCGAUGUCAAUUUACAGUUGAAGCGACUGGAUCAUUCGUGGAACGAAUCUUAAGCGACUAUCAGUGUGGGUUCCGAAUAAACCGGUGUACAUUCGACCAUUAUUCCUCCUUAAACAAUUAAUGGGGAAGAAAUUGGCAUACGCGCAGAGCAUCCGAGUCCUUUUUGUCGAUUUUCAAGUAGGGGGCCCUGUAUACGAUUCUUAAAGGCUCUUUCAGAUCCAGAUAAACUUAGUUUUUUUUGGGGAAGAGAAAAAUACAUUUACGUAUUGAAGACCCCGAAAUGGAGUCUAUAUGCGGCCUUGGGUGUAAACACCCCCUACUGACUAAAAACCUCCUCUGUGCUGAUAGCUCUAAAGCCUUUUACAGCGAGGCCGUACGUUGAAUUUGUUGAUAUGAUAAAGGUGGGCUCUGGAGGCAGUAAGAUACUUGUUCGACUUAACGACGAACUAACGAUGACUUUGAUGCGAUUACCGGACUGAAGCAGUUCUGUGUAAAACCGUUAUAUUGACGUGUCUCCGGAAUAUUGUAUUGUGUCCGGGGAUCGAACGUUACCUGAAUAUCUCGUUUUGAUUUCUUGAGCGGAGGUUCCUCUUAUUGAGAUGCUUGAAGAACUGCUGGAGCAGGAAGAGUCCUCUUUCCCUUGUCUUUCCCUCUCGAUCGUCGGCGAAUAAGAAACGAUGGGUCGGUUUGCCUUGAUGGCUUCGUUGACCUCGCUAGGCGAUUCAUUUCGGUACUAUCCCAGUAUAAUAAAUCACACAAAUCCAACAAUACAGAUAUGUAUUAAUGCAAUAUUAGUUAUGCUAACACUUUGUAAAACAAUAUCUCAGAAUAUUAACGGAUUAUUAUAAUAUUAUUUGAUUUCGACCAUACGUGGCUUAAGUACUCAACGUUAUGAUUUUAAAAUUUGAUGACAUAUUCCAUAGACCGUAAAUAAAUUACAAGGUAUACACUGCUUCUUGAUAUACUAUGCUGUAUGUCUUCUGGAGGCACAUCAAUUAUAUGUUUAUUAUGGCAAAACUUCCAAAUUAAUUGUUUUAUAUCAAAUUAUAUAUGCGAAAAUAUAUUAAACAAAAAACAAUUAAAAUGUGCUGUGGCUCGUUAAUUUUUUUAUUAUAUGUUACAGUUAGAGAAGCAAAAACAGAAGGAAGAACUCAAGAAAUCAAUGAAAUGGAAGACAAUAAUUGUAAAAUUAACAGAAAAAAAGUUACUGAUAUGACUGUGACUAAUUGUGAAGAAGAAAAUGAUUUAGAAAUCAUCAAACUCAAUUUCUCGACGAUUAAAAAGCAGAAUGUAAACGUUCAAAAAAAGGAUAAAAUUAUUCAUUCAGAUGUAAAAGCGCACUCGUGCAGUAUAUGUGGUAAAAGUUUCAAUUUGUUACAUCAUUUGAAAGCGCAUAUGAUCAUACAUACUGGUGAAAAGCCGUAUUCGUGUUUGGUAUGUGGCAAGAGAUUCAAUCAUUCUAGCUCUUUUAAUAAACAUAAUAGAAUACAUUCUGGUGAAAAGCUGUAUUCGUGCCAAAUAUGUGGUAAGGGUUUCAAUCAAUCUGGUAAUUUGCAGACACAUUCCAUAAUACAUUCUGGUGAAAAGCCGUAUUCGUGUAAUACUUGCGGUAAAAGAUUUAUGCAAUCUAGCAAUUUGAACCGACAUAUCAGAAUACAUACUGGCGAAAAGCCGUAUUCGUGUAAUUUAUGUGGUAUUCGUUUCUGUCGUUCUGGUCAGUUGAAAGCACAUUCAGUAAUACAUACUGGUGAGAAGCCGUAUUCUUGUAAUAUUUGUGGUACUGGUUUCAGUGAACCUGGUCAUUUAAAGACACAUACAAUAAUGCAUACUGGCAGAAAGCCGUACUCGUGUAAUGUAUGUGGUAAAGGUUUCACUGAAUCUGGGUUUUUGAACAGACAUAUGAAAAUACACACGGGUGAAAAGCCGUAUACGUGUAAUGUAUGUGGUAAGAGUUAUAGUGAAUCUGCUUAUUUAAAAGUACAUGCGACAAUACAUACCGGUGAGAAGCCGUAUUCAUGUAUUACUUGCGGUAAAAGAUUUAGUCAAUCUAGUCAUUUAAAACAACAUAAUAGACUACAUACUGGUGAAAAGCCGUAUUCCUGUGAUAUAUGUAGUAAGAGUUUCAACGAUUCUAGUAAUUUAAGGAAACAUAAAAAAAUACAUACAGCUGUAAUGCAGCUUAAGAUGUAAAAUUUUUAUUGAAAAUAAAUGCUUGGUUAUAU